AUGGUUUCUGAUUUUUAUAUAUUUCCCCUAUUUACAGUUGUGUCACCCGGUAGACGUACGGAAGAAUCCGCCCCUACGAUUACGGAACAACCAAAGAGUCUGAUCGUGAUAAGAGGCGACCCGGCGUCAUUUAACUGCAAAGCCGAGGGAAGACCGGAACCUACGAUUUCAUGGUUGAAAAAUGGCCAGCCGUUGGUUAUCCGAGAUUCCCGUCACAACAUCCUCGAUUCCGGCUCUCUCUUCUUUCUUCAAGUCGUCGGUAACCGACAAGGCGGGCAGGACGGAGGUGUCUACCAGUGCGUCGCUGAAAACUCUUUGGGAACGGCUUACAGUGCUAAUGCCACCCUGGAAAUAGCAUAUCUGAAAGCGGAGUUUCGGGAAGAGCCAGUAAGUGAUCAGCUGAUCUCGGGAGACUCGGCAGUCCUUGAGUGCACCCCUCCCAGGGGUUACCCCGCCCCUGAGGUCACAUGGCUAAAGGAUGACGAACCAAUCAUACUGGAUAAUAAUAGAGUCAAGAUCGUUGAGGACGGGAAUCUACUGCUCAAAGAGCUGAGGAAAGACGAUGAGGGAGAGUACAAGUGCAAGGCUCAAAACAUGGCUGGGGAAAUGAUCAGCAAAGAAGCUUAUCUCACUGUCCAAGUGAAGCCAUCGUUUAUCAAUCCGCCUCAAGAUACGAUCACAGCGCCAGGUGAAGCUGCCGUUCUCAGAUGCGAGGUGGAAGGAGACCCGCCCCCUACGGUGUCUUGGAGUCGAGAGAUUGGGGAUCUACCGCAAGAUAGAAGCCAGCAGCUUGCUGAUAAUUCUUUACGGAUUCGUCACACGGAAGAGCUGGAUGACGGCGUGUAUAUCUGCACUGCCGAGAACAUCUGGGGUACAAGUGAUGCAAAGGCUAGACUCCGAGUUAGUGCUGUGCCUGAUUUCAUCCGUGCUCCUCGUGAUAAAACUAUCCAUGUUAAUGAAAUGGUUCGCUUUCAAUGUGAAGCGGUCGGAAGCCCGCCCCCAUCCAUCCAUUGGCAGAAAGCAGGAACAGAGGAUAACCUACUGUUCAUAAACCAACAAAGAGGGCGCUUUGAGGUGUCGUCAUCCGGUGAGCUUCAGAUCAAUCCAGUUCAUAUGGAAGAUGCUGGAACUUAUAUCUGCUAUGCUACUGGUGGAACAGGAGUCGCGGAAGCGAAAGCCGUCCUGCGUGUUCUAGGGAGUGAAACAGGUGGAGACGAAGAUGAGUCAUUAGCUCCGCCCCCAAUCAUCCAAUACGGUCCGGCCAAUCAGACCUUGUUAAUAGGAUCGACAGCUACGUUCCGAUGUCAUAGCAAUGGAAACCCAUCCCCUCACAUUGAUUGGACUAAAGAUGGAUUAACACUCAGCACUACCAAUCCAAGGUUUAAUGUGAUGUAUCCUGAUAGCACGCUGGAGAUCACCGGUGUUCAAAUAGAUGAUAGUGGAUUGUAUACGUGUAUUGCUACAAGUAACAGUGGAGAGACCAGUUUAUCAGCCAACCUCGUCGUCGUUGACACCCCUGGGACGUCCGAAAGAACUGCCCCCAGUACCAAUGAGUUUCCUGGCGCCCCCUCGCAGCCUCUACGGGUCAAUGUUACCAGAUCGUCCAUACAGGUACAAUGGACUGCUCCCGCGGCUAGCAGGGCGCCCUCUGUGACCGGAUAUCAAGUGGAGUACUUCAGCCCUGAGCAGACGAUAGGUUGGGUGGUAGCCGGAACAGGCAUCCAAGGACAGACGUACAACCUCCACCAUCUUGUCCCUUCAUCCUCUUACCUGGUGAUUGUACGAGCCAUCAAUUCUAAUGGUAUAGGUCCACCUAGUCCAGUGUCGGAGACCAUCGCAACUACCGAUGAGACAUCAAAUCCCGGACCUUCUAGGGAAUGCCUGGUUGAUAAAUCUUCUAUCUCUGUGGAGAUCACUACAAUUAUUGCUCUAAGUUCAACCGCCAUCAAAGUCUCGUGGGAAGUCCAUGCCCCAACAAAUGACGACCUGAUAGACGGAUAUCAAGUCCGGUACCUCCUGUCUGACGGAGCCAGCCGGACUCACUUUCAGACGGUAGUUGGGAUGAUGUCAACCAUCCUUACAGGACUGGAUCCAAACGUCGACUACACUGUGUCUGUAAGACCGCAGAUAUGUAAUAGCAAGGGACAGGAGUCGCCCUCUGUCGCUGCGAGGACGAUGAGUGAAGGUUCUGGUCCGCUUUGUAUCCACGGUGACAAUCAAAUCUUACAGAACAAACUCGACGGAAGCAACGUUCAUAUUGUUGGAACUGAGACAGUUGGAUCAAAUGCCAUACAAGUCAAGUGGGAAAUGGCACGGAAUGCAGUGGCGUACGUCGAAGGGUUUCACAUCAAAUAUCGCUCCUCUAGUUCUUCAUCGACAAACUACUCGGUGGAGACGAUCACUGGUCCGGGUAGAACGUUUGUACUCAACGGUUUAUCCUCGUGGAAAGAAUAUUCCAUCAGUGUGCAGCCUUUCAGCGGGCUUUACUGUGGCGCAGAAGGACAUCAAAUAAAGAGCUGGACUGCCGCUGAUAGACCAAGAGGACCACCGAGGAACGUGAAAGCUCAAAGCAACGGGACCACUGCGGUCCUGGUCCGAUGGCAGGCCCCUGCUCGGGACCUAGUCCAGGGCUACAUCGAAGGCUACUAUAUAUCGUGCAGGGGCAACCAGUCAUCUCAGGCCAGGAACAGGACCAUCCAAGGCAACACGACCUUGGUAGGACGGGUCGGGGGUCUUCAAGCAGGAAAGGUCUAUAAGAUUCAGGUUGCAGCGUUCACCGCAGCAGGAGCUGGUCCAUCGAGUCCGGUUGUCCUCGUCACUGUAGCCACACCAGCCCCCAUUGAUGCCGUACCCGGUCCAGGUGACCCCGAGACCAUGGACGGGGAAACAACCAAGCCGUGGGUGUAUGCAAUCAUUGCCACCAUCGUCUUCAUCAUCGCUCUCGUACUCAUCGCUUUCAUUCUUAGGCGAAGGAGAAUGAAACAUGCUGCCAACCUCACAAAAAAUCCUCUUGGGAUUGAAGGUGCAACUCACAUGACAACUCUGACCAGUCAAUACGAUGGUCAACCCACCAGCAAUGGUCAUCCGAGCUGGCCUCCAGACCAGACCUGGCGCAGCAACAACUCCUCGGAGUGCCAAUCGUCGAGUCUCCAUGGUAACGGUUCCGCCACCGCUGCAGUGACCACCUUUGCCCCUCAGCACCCUAACGGCUCCUUGCGCAGUGUGCUGGGAAAGAACCAAUAUCUUCAGCCCCACCAUAGCGGGGCUACCACUAGCCCAGCUUACUGGCUCUUAGAGGCUUACGAAUCAAAAGAGCAAAUGCAAGCAAUCAAGGGAGAAAAAGGAGAUAUCGGUACACAUAAAAGCAACCAUUACAACAGCAACAACGUUCCUGUUUAUGCGGUUGUCGACAAUGAAUCCGACGACGAUGACGAGAGUCCUUCCUGCCCGCACAUGGCCCACACCCUCCCUCUAAAUCAAUGCAAUCAUAUGCUAACGGAACACUGCCAGUCGCUACCACCUCAUAUGACAGAACCGUAUGCGUCAACUACGCUUGUAUUACCUCCAAAUAUCAGAGAAUACAUAGCCCAAAGGCAGAACUGCAGCGAUACCAGCUCGGGGUCAGCAUCCGGAUCCAUCACUUAUCCCUUGCCAGCUAGUCAACAUAAAGGUAGAAAGAAAUCAGGCAAGAAGGGCAGACCAGGGGAUGACGGUGGACCUCCUUUGCCCCCACAAAGAGAUGGCUCACACCUCUGUGUUGAAUGUCAAAGUGGUUUGAGCGAUUCUGGAGCUAGUUCACAAGGGAGCAGAAGAAAGGUCAAAACACGUCCGGGAGCGGGUAGCAAAUACCCAGCAUGCAAUUGGACGGAGUUCCUCCCGCCCCCUCCCGAGGAGCCUCCGAUGGGAUCGCAGGACCCGGUAGGCAAGAUCAAGUCGCCGCCCCCUUGUAACAGCCAGGCUUCGCAUCCUCCGAUCCACACCCAUCCGACGUUCGUACCCAUCCAACCAGCGAUGAUAGGGGGGCACCAUCCACACCACGCCCCCGCGUUACCCAUGAGACAGCACCCGCAGUACCCGGUGUACCCUUACACGCACCCCCAUCCGCAGUCCAACGGGCUUCCACAUACCCUCCCUGUGAUCUCCAGGGGGGACGAACAACAGACCACCACCCUUCCUAUCCAUCGACCGAUGGGGCUGGUCAACGGACAGAUGUACCCGAUGCCGACGGGCGGCAUGUCCGCAGGGGGGCAACCACUCGCCCCUCACCAGGUGUUCGACGAUCCGAGGCACGAGCAGCUUGGGAGAGAACUGCUAGAGUUCAACGACGAUCUGAUGUCGCAGAGUGAAGCGAUGUCGGAUAACGAGGAAGCUUUACCAAUGCUACCAAGAAUAGCUCCAGAUACAGGUUUAGCAGACCAGUCUUCAAAAUUAAUACCAGACGAUUUAGAAACAGAUUUAGAAACGUCUAGUAAUUGUACAGGGUCAAUGAUGGCUUCAUGGGCAUCAAUGAACGGUAGCAGCACUGCUGGAAGCAAUCGUAACAGCGCAUCAAGCUGUAGCUCAGACGGCUCGUUUUGUGCUGAAACCGAUUUCGCUGCAGCAGUAACGGCUGCCGCACAGAAUGCAGGCAUUCCAGUAGUAGGUUCUCCACCAGCAGAAAGCAAGAAAGUUGGUAGAGAUUUGGAUGGAGGAGAGCACAUAGGAAAUGGCUCGGCCAAAUUAGCAAGAAGAACAACGCCAAACAGUAGAAAAGGUCCUACCGUCCCCACCUCACUAUUCCCUCAGCCAACGCACCACCAACAACAACUAGCCAGGGUACCUACAUCAGAGUCCUACAACAACUACCACCAGCAACAAACCCAGCCCCAAGCCCCUUCACAACGAAGCCUACCACCCCCACCUGCCAGCAGUGACGGCCAGCAACAGGAUUCCGUCAACAAGAACAAGAGAAGGCCGCCGCAACACGACCUCUUUCUUCGCGACACAAACGACCUUGGCUUAACGGUUACUGCGAAUCCCAUGGCGUUUGCGCACGAAGAGGAGGAGGGCUUUCCGUCGUAGCCUACCCUCGUGAACCCUAUAAAAGACUAUCGGCCACUGUUUGGAAGUUGUGCUUUUUAGCAACACACUUAAGAAGACUCAUGCUUUAAAAACUGAAAUGUGUUUGAAGAGAUAAAAAGAUGCAGAUUUAUAUAUUUUAAUGACUUAAAAAUUGCUGAUGCUGUUAAUGAGAUCUUUCACUGUAUAAGCUUUAUUGUCGAGCAUUUCUUCUUGAUGAAACUGGAAUCUCAGCAACUUGCCAGGAGAAAUAAAAGUUGAUAAUCCUUUUGAAGACACCAUGCAAUGAAAGCCUAAGAAUUUUCCUGCUGGAAUGAACACCUAGGAACAGUCACUAAUCUUCUUGUUGAAAUGGAGACUUGGCAACUUGCCAAGGAGACAAAACUGCCAGAAGAAUUGAAUCUUAAGGAUCCUUUUGAAGACAUCAUGGUAUGGAAGCCGAAGAACUGUCACCAAUCUUCUACUGGAACGGAUACCUAGGAACAGUCACUGAUCUAGUUGAAAUUGGAGUCUCGGCAACUUGCCAAGGAGACUAAACUGCCAGAAGAAUGAUAUCUUAAGGAUCAUCUUCGAGACAUCAUGGAAUGGAAGCCGAAGAACUGUCAUUGAUCUUGAAGACUAGGAACAGUCACUAAUCUUCCAUUGGAACGAAACCCUCUCUUGCUGGGUACUACAAGCUAUUCUUUUUUAUUAAACUAUUAAAACAUUAAGAAGAUGCUAGAGAGAUAAACAUCUGUAUAUGAAAUAGACAUCAAUAUCCUAUUGCUUGCCCAUUAAGUUUAGUCCCUAUGCUGUUCAGUAAUUUUUUUAUUAAUGUUUUUAAUACAGCUCAAGUGAGCCUCGUAAGCAUUGGCAUAAGGAUUCAUUUAUGUAGGAUUUUGUUUUCAUUGUAGUUCUUUGUUUAAAAGAGGAAAUAAUAUUGAUUUGUAAAAUUUAAUGGUCUUACAUUUCGAUAUCCAUUUUGUAUUAUUAUUUGAAAAGUUUCACACCUUGAGUGGUUCUUGGAGAUAACCAAAGUAAGAUUGUAAUUGGUAUUCACAGCCUGUUCUAACUUUUGUUAAUCCGGAUAAUACUUGUUUUCAAAGUAGGACCGCGUUGUCAGAGAAAUGAACACACGUUUGAAAGAUGCGAUUUAAAAUCUUAUUCUUAUACAGUAGGUUAAAUUCGCACUCAAAGUGUUUUUAGUUUUUAAAGUGCUCUGGUGGAUGAAACCCACUCAUCAAGCAUGGUAUGUACCAAAACAUCAGGAUAUAGCUUUCUGAUAAUCAAUUAAUUUUUUAAGGAUGUUUGUGUAGAAAGGGAGGAACAUUGCCGAAAGAUCUCUCAAAAUUCAAUUUUUGGCCCAAAUCAA